GUUCUUUCAUUUACUCUGCUUUCUCUUCAGAUUUGUCGAUUCAAUUUCUGGUGAUAUUCAGAAUCCUCUGACCACCAGUUCUGUGUUUCUAAAUCAUCUCUAUCGUACUUCUUCGUUUUCAUCAGUAAUCUAUACCAUCUAGGCCAUCAGGGCAUUCCCCGUGAAACUGAGUCUCUUUGAUUGAAGACAGCAUCAAUCAGAAACUCGGAUUUCAAAAUCCAAAAAUAUGGGCAAGUUAGAAUGUCCAGCAGUCUUCUUUCUCUUCUCUCUGAUCUUCAUUCUAGGAUCCUUGUCUUUGCUACCGAUUUGUACAGCUGAGGUUGCUGUGAACCAGACGCAUACUACGAGAUUCUUGAGUCCAACAGAAAGUCCGGCUGUCCAUCGUCUGACCAAUGUUGGGGGUUUUGGUUUGGUGCCUGAACCGACAAUCAUUCUGGACUAUCAUUCCGGGCCUGUCAUGUCAGGCAGAAAUGAUAAGAUCAAAAUUUUCGUGACCUUUUACGGAACCUUCUCUCCUAAGCAGAGGUCGACGUUGCGCCUGUUUCUCAGAUCCUUCUGGAACGGUCAGUCCCGAGUCUCGAAGAAUCAUCCGACUGUGGCGAAUUGGUGGCAGAUCACCCACAAUUAUGUGGAUCUCUACAACACCCCUGUCGCUCGCAACUUGCUUCUCGCAGGAGACAUGACAGACAAGUACUCGCUCGGAAAGGACCUUCUGCAGUCGGACAUCCAAAAGCUUGUUCUCAAGUCAAUGAAGAAAUUUGGAGCCGACGCCCGGUCCAUGUACCUGGUUCUGACUUCUGAAGAUGUGCUGGUGGAGAAGUUCUGCAUGUCUGUCUGCGGCACGCAUUAUUAUACUUUUCCCUCGGCGGCGACGAACGGCCAGAUGGUACCUUACGGAUGGGUCGGAAAUCCCGCGAGUCAAUGUCCCGGUCUCUGCAGCUGGCCUUAUUCUGCAGGAGGCUUCUUGACCAAGGGUCUCAUCCCACCGAACGGAGAUGUCGGCGUCGAUGGGAUGAUCAUCACCGUGGCCAAUCUUCUUGCAGGUAUAGCCACGAACCCGUUCGGCAAUGGAUUCUAUCAACCGGAUGGUCUGGAGGCAGUCGGUGCUUGUCAGGGUAUAUACGGAACUGGUUCAUAUCCAGGCUAUCCCGGAGAGCUACUUGUGGACAGUAAGACCGGUGCCAGCUUCAAUGUGUUUGGAUCGAGCAAUAGCAAGUUCCUCGUUCCGAGAAUGUGGAACCCAGCUACUCUCCUCUGUGCGGGACAAGUGUAAGCGUCACUUCACAGUCAAGUGUUAAAACUUCACGAGUAACUUCACAUCGAUGAUCACAAAUCGAUUUUAUCAAAAUGACUUUCCUCAGACUUGUACUCUGUAGUUUGGAAAGGUAGCAAUAGUCGUAGAACUUAGAGGAUUUGUGGUUUUGUGGAUUUGAAGCCAGAUUUGUAAAUAUUAGGGCCAAGGUAGGAUCUUGAACUGAAUGAUAUCGAUCCACAGAUGAACCUGUAUAUAUGGAUCAGAGAAGCAUUCUAUUUGACGUAUAGGGAAGAACUUCAUGACUAGUUGCGGAUAAAAUCCGGAACUGUGACAGUUCUACUGAAGCCUAACCUCAGAACUGAAGACAUGGCUCAGUCAGACAUUAGAGCCUCAGAUUGGUAGACUGAACUCAUCAGACUGAGUCAGAAAUAUCUGAACAAGUAUUGUAGUUUGCGACUACCGCUUCAGAUCUUAGUUGUUAGCCUCUAAGUCCUUGCUAUUGGAAAAAGCUUGCGGACUUGUUCAAUGGGCGUACACGCCUUUCACAGUGCCACAAUGUCAGAUAUUUAUUCAUUCUUUAAGUAAAAUCAGGAAAAAAAGUAGAUAAAGCGCAAUUUCAAUGAACAGACUUGUCUGAAG